UUUCCAUCAUGGGCGGCGCCAGCUUCGGCGAGACGAUCAGCCUCGUGUUCCGCAUCCUGACGGUGGGCCUGUCGCUGGCGUCGGCGAUCAUGACGGCCGCCUCGACGCAGUGCGUGUACCGGGGCGACGGCGUCCCCUCGGCCACCGUCUCCUACAGCGACUACCACUCCUUCAGGUACGCGGCGCUCGCCGAUCUGCUGUCGGCGGUGCUGCAGGGCGUUACGAUCUGCCUGGAGGCGACGAGGAAGCGUAAGGCGGCCUGGACCGUCGAGCUCAUCGACAAGCUCGUGCAGGCUCUCACGUCGACGUCGGCGGCUCUCCUGUUCGCCGUCGACGACAUCACCUCCUGCGGCGGGCCGCGGGGGCAGCGCCAGCGCCAGCGCAGCGGCAUCUGCGGCCAGGCAGGCGCGUUCUGCGGGCGGGUCCGCGCGUCGUCGGUGUUGUCCAUCGCCGCGGUCGUGUCCGUCUCCAUCUCCGUGUACACCAGGCACGUCCCGGUGGCCGUCACGCUGGAGCCGACGCCGCCGACGCCACCGACGCCACCGACGCCGCCGACGCCACCGACGCCGCCGACGCCGCCGACGCCACCGACGCCGCCGACGCCGCCGACGCCGGACGAUCGGUGCUGCACAGAGGCUAUUAAGCCGCCGCGGUGCCGGUGCCCGAGGCUGACGAUCCCGUGCGGCUGCGAGGACCCCGAGCCGUGCGGCGCCUUCUUCUAG